AUGACCGUCCCAGGUUCGCCUCAGCCAUCACAACAAAAGUCGUCUCUCGAGCGAUAUGAGAACGGCCAAAGUCGGUUUCGAGGAUGCUCGAACAUACGCGAUUUCGAGUUCCUAGGGAAAUUGGGUGAAGGCACAUUUGGAGAGGUCUACAAGGCCCGGUCAAAAAAAGACGGUGCUGUGGUUGCUUUGAAGAAGAUACUCAUGCAUAAUCAAAUGGACGGGCCAACACAUUGCACAGGAGAAGGACGGAAAAAACCAAGCAUGUACAUGGUUAUGUUAUAUAUGGAACACGACCUUUCGGGGCUUCUCGAGAACCCAAACGUUCAUUUCACCGAGCCGCAAAUCAAGUGUUAUAUGCUGCAACUGUUAGAAGGAGUGCGUUAUCUACACGAGAGCGGAAUACUACACAGAGACAUGAAAGCCGCAAACCUCCUUAUUAGCAAUACGGGCGUGCUUCAAAUCGCUGAUUUCGGACUCGCGCGACCUUACUAUGAGAAACCCCCGCAGCCUGGAAAAGGUGGCGGCGAGGCAAAAAGAGACUACACACCGUUGGUUGUUACUAGAUGGUAUCGACCUCCCGAGCUACUCUUGCAAUUGCGUCGUUAUACAACCGCAAUUGAUAUGUGGGGUGUUGGCUGCGUUUUUGGUGAGAUGUUCAAAGGGCGUCCGAUACUUGCUGGUAAUAGCGACCUCAAUCAGGCACAUUUAAUUUUUGGGCUCGUUGGCUCUCCGACGGAGGAAAAUAUGCCUGGUUGGAGUUCACUUCCUGGGUGUGACGGCAUCAAAGAUUUUGGGAGUAAGCCUGGCAAUCUAAGCCAAGUGUUCAAGGAACAAGGACCCUUGGUGAUAUCUCUGCUUAGUGAACUCUUGAAGCUCGACUGGCGGACAAGGAUAACUGCUGUUGAUGCCUUGAAGCAUCCCUACUUUACCAGCCCUCCACUACCUGCUCGGCCAGGCGAGCUACCUCAAUUCGAAGACUCCCACGAACUCGACCGUCGACACUUUCGACAGAAGCAGAAAGCACCCGUCCCUGGUAAUAAUGUGGAUAGCGACCGGUCAAAUAACGCCGGAGCUCGCGGCAUGAAUCGUGUUCCACGGGGCGGUCUGGUUCCUUCGGGGAGUUUCCGUCGCCCCAUCGAUGAAGGACUGCCCCAAAAGCCUUCACCUGUAUCAUCACAGCACCAGGCAUGGUCAAAUCGCAGGACCGACAAUCGUCCUGACCGCCGAAAGGAAGGGUGGUCCACUGGCCGUGGCGAGGGAAGGCCCGAUACUUACAUGCCCAGAAACGGCCACUUCGACGGUGGUGGACCGGAUAAUAGCCGAUACGGUAACCGAAGAGAGAACCCAAAUGCCCGACGUCGAAGUCAAAGCCCACCGAGAGACAAGGGUCGCGAAGAUUCUAGUUACCACCUCUACCGUCGGUAA